AUGGCAACCAAUUCGCCCGUGAUGCGAGGCCUGCCUUUUGCAAACAUUCCUCGCCAUGCAGACGUGACCCAGACUCCCUCCAUCUACACCUAUCCAUUUCCCGAGAGUCAGACUAGUGCGAGCUACGAUCGACUUCAGCGUGAGGCUGGUGGAUAUCAGACCCAGUACACGGCAACCCACCGUGCCGCGGAAGCUGCCGAACUGGCCAUGAUCGAGCGACUGCAGGCUAGCCUCACUGCCGCUGACAUCCGGCGAGACAUGCGCUCACAAGCACCGCCGCCAGCACCUGCAGCGCCACCACCAUCUGACCCACAAUCCGCGACCCAAGCCGCUGACUCCAGCCUUGCUCAGUUGGAUGCUUAUUUGCAUCAGCAUUUUGGCACUCAGCACAGCGCCGAUCUGCACCAGGCAGCGACGGCACCGAAAUCUCAGAGCCACCAAGACGCCACUAGGCGCGGCGCUCCCGGUGGGCAACCGUCUCACUUCGCUGCGGCGUCGCGAACGAGUGAUGGCGUGCCACGCGUGGUAUGGAAUGGGUCACACUUUGUGCUGGAAGAGCAUGGGCAUUCCGUGGUGAAUCCCAUCUCAUCUCACGUGCCCCAAGCCCCCACCACGGCCGCUAGCCACGUGCGCAUGGCCCACUCCAACUCGACCUAUACCUCGGAUUCAGUCGCCGACUCGAAUCCCCUUGUCACCUGGUCUGACCAGGGAGAGCUGCAAGUGAAUGCGCUCGAGCCGGAUGUAGCAGCUGUUGAUGAAUCUAUAUCCCCAUCGACUGCGCCGGCAACGGCUUCGCACAAGCAGCCGCCUCGCCCUCGUGUCGCGCCCAAAGGGCGGCCAGCCAGUUUUUGCGACAUGGCUACUUCCCCUGUUGCUGCGCCCAUCUCUGGCACAACUGUGCUUCCCGCAGCAACCCAGUCCACUGCCUUCAUCUCUGCUGAGACCACUUCCUCCUCGAGUGCUCAUGCAGGCUCGGAAUCGAUGCAAGGCGAGGCCGCUCCUACCAGCAACAACCCGGGCCCGACAGGGCCCCGCCCAUUAGCUCGGCAAUCAUUGCCUUCGGCAGAGGCGUCGCUCGACGUGCCUGAAGCAUCGGCUCGUCUUCAUUCCCAUGCCACGGGCACACAAACAGCGGUGACUGGGACCACUGGACUAGAUGCUCGCGCGAAGGUGCGGGACAAUGAUGCCUUAUCGAUGGACAGCCUCAUGGGGGCGAGCGAAGCACCUGCAGAUCUUGAGGACCCUGCAUCGAGGUCACAGCCACUAAGAUCGAGCGAUGCCAAGCCCAAGGCACCGGCGAAACAGGGGCCUGCAGGCGCGACCAGCUCCAACCCAUCGGACUUACGCGUGUCCGUGCAGGAGUUGCAAGCUCUCGCGGCCGACGUUAGAGCGCUUCAAGGGGAGCUUCGGAGGCUGCAUGAGCGCUAUGAAUCACUGUCUGUGACCGUUGCUGACCAACAAGCUCAGACAGCCGCACUGGCUCGCGCCCAGGACCAAGCGGCCCGUUUUCAGUCAAGUCGUCGUGCCUCGGCCGAUGCUUCGGGGCGACACGCUGAUCGGAAUGCCAAGUCCACCGUCAUGUCUCAUGUCGGUAGCAAUACAUCGGCGCCUCGCCACGCCUGCUGUUCUCGAGGCACCGACACAGCUGACGCAAUGUCUGUAGACCAGGAGACGUUGGCGGCAGGCCAAGAGGAGCACCAUCCCUCGCCCUCACCCAUCGCCCCACCCAAAGCCGUGUCCAUGUCAGAGACAUCCCAGCAUCCUCGACCCAACCGAAGCACUCCCAAUCGGAACCGUGUUGCUUUUAAGGAGCAGAGACAGGGACAGCGGAUUGGGCGAGGUCCGGUGCCUCAACCUCGGACCACUGAGAGGAAGGUCAAGGGUGCUCGAGGCUUAUCCAACGGUGCUGGUUCUGCCAUGCCCCAGCCUCGGUACUUAGCUCCAACCAAGGCUUGGACAUCACACGUGUUGGCUGGGCGCGCAGAUCGGGCCUCGCGUGGGUUGGCCACGGAUGGCUUGGCCCAUGUUCAAGUUGACCUGCCUUUCAACGGCGUUCCCUUUGUUGCGGGCACAUCAACAGCGCCGUCUCAAAGUCUUGGCGGCAAUCUACAGCAGGUUUUUGCCCUGCUCAAGCGACAAGGCCAUCCUGUGCAGCUGCGAGCUGAGACUGAGGCGCAUGGCGAACCACUGUCAGAACAAGCCCACCGCGAGCUGAUCUACAAGAAUCGCCGGCUUUUGCAAGAGGCUCGUGAGGCUCAGAUGCAAAUGCGAACAACCGAGUUGUCGUGGGAUGUUGUCUGA